CUGGGAGCCUAACUAUUCCAGAAGCCAAAUAUCCCGUUGGGAAGUUCAGCUCCACACGUUCACACACUGCAAAACCCGGCAUGGCAAGCCACCUCGCCGCCGCCUGCGCCCCGCGUCUCGCCGUCGUGGCCUCCUCCUCCGCCGGGGGUCCCGUCCGCCGUAUCCGGCGCCGUUCACCGGGUUCUUCUUCUCAGCAAGCGCCCACGGGGGCUCCGACCCAGCCGUCCGUCGCGGAGGUGCGGCGCGCCAUCGGCGCCGCCGACGACCCGUCAGCCUCCGGAAGGGACAGGCAGUCCUCUUUCAUGGAUCUCCUCGCCUCCACGCCUAUCGGGCAGCCGGAGAGUGAUGCCGAGCGCCGAAUCCGCGAGGCCGCCGAGUGGGUCGUCGACAACACCGAGGCGCGCGCGCAGGAAGGGCAGAAGUCUAUAUUGGUGCUAUGCAUGAAGAUCUUUCCCUUGUGGCUGUUCCUCAUGCUUACUGCCCUUGGAGUUAUAAAGUUACCGUUUGAUAUUCCCGGUCUGGAUAUGGAUAAUCUCCUAAUGUAAGGUGUUCGUGUUCUUAGCUUUCUUCUCCCAUCUAUACAAGGCACCGACACUUGAAAGAAAUAGUGGUAGAUAUGAUCCACACUAUUGAAGUUACUACCGUUGUAACUUGUAAGAUACAAAUAAAUUGUAUAAUUGCUUCUCUUCUUCACCUUCUUACAGUGGGACAUAUGGAGUAACAUGUCAAUAUGUGUAUUAUUCCUCACUGGAAAUAAUGUAAAAUCGAUUUUCAUGAGGAGUGUUAUUUAUUUGAUGAGCAAAAUAACUGGUUAA